AUUUCCCACUCUCUCAGCAAAAAGAUUACCACUUGACCUCUUUGUUUUCUUGCUUCUUUGUAUUGCCAAUUUUUUUUGAAUUCAUCACUUGUCCAUUCCUAAACAAAAUGGCCUCGACCUCAAUCUCGCACUCGGGCAAUAGCAGCAAAUGGUCUGCCCAAGAAAACAAGGCCUUCGAGAAGGCUUUGGCCAUUUAUGACCAAGAUACCUCUGACCGUUGGGUUAACGUUGCCCGGGCCAUUGGGGGUCGGACGCCAGAGGAGGUGAAGAGGCAUUAUGACAUCCUUGUUGAGGAUAUCAAAUACAUUGAGAGUGGGAAAGUCCCAUUCCCAAACUAUCGAACCACAAGAUGAACGGGUUUAAGGUAAUAUGAAGAGACUGAAUAAGAGAUGGAAGAAGCCAACCUAUCAAAUUGAAGCAAUUAUAUAUACGUAUUAAGUUACAUAUUUUUGUACUAUUGAGGAUCCCCCAAUAUAGUGGAAUACACCCUACGGCGGAUGCAUAUGAUUUUAAUGCUGUUGGUCCAAAUUAAUAUUAUCAAUUGUUGCAUA